UCUCUCUCUCUCUCUGCAUCCCUGGCUAUAUAAGCUGCAUGGGACUACAACAUCAUGUGUAGUUUGGAAUAGUUGAUGAUCUUUUCUUUUGAACAUGCUCUGUCUUUGCUUUGUCUUUUCUUUAGCCUCCCAACUCAAUCACAUUAUUAAUAUUCUCAUCACUUCUCCUCAAACAUCAGCUCCCACAGUUUCAGUGAAAGAGAAUUAAUGGGGAGAGGGAAAGUGGAGCUGAAGAGGAUAGAGAAUCCCACAAACAGGCAGGUGACAUUCUCGAAGAGGAGAAAUGGUCUGUUGAAGAAAGCUUUCGAGCUUUCGGUGCUCUGCGAUGCUGAGGUUGCUCUCAUCGUCUUCUCCCCUUCGGGAAAGGCAUACCAGUUUUCCAGUCAUGAGAUAACAAGGACAAUUACAAGGUACAAAAUUGAAUUAGGAAUAGCCAAAGCAGACGACCAAGGCUUCACAUCCAUGGAGGUAUGGAGAAAUGAAAUUGAGGAUUUGAGUAGAACAAUUGAGGCUUUGGAAGCAAGAGAGAGAAAUUUUGCUGGAGAAAACCUUUCUGGAUUAGGCAUGAAAGAAUUGAAACAAUUAGAGCGCCAAUUAAGAGUUGGGGUCGAACGAAUCCGCUCUAAGAAGAGACGAAUCAUAAUGGAACACAUAAACUAUCUGAAGAAAAAGCACAAGGACCUUCAGGAAGAAAACACUAAUCUCCAAAAGAAGCUUCACGAGCUUGAAGAAGCCAGCACAAGCUCAAUCAUUUUAGGAUCAGAUUCCGCCAGACUAUUCCAAAGGAUUGAAUAGCCAUGUCCUCACCAAGAAAUAUCACAAGCUGGUUUGCUGUUUAAGCUUUGUUCUACUAAAUUUGGGAAUAGGUGCUUUGUCGAUGAAUGGCUGCGAUGGGCCAGUUAUCUUGUAAAUCUACUAUGUUAUUAUCCAGCUUUAUUAAAUCAUUUAUUUUCCUACUUUAGAAGAAUGCAUGUAUCCAUCAGCAGCUUUUGUAAAUAAUUCCAUAUUUGUAUCAGAAUUUAGAAGUGUUUGUGUGAUGCAGCCGAAAGCACGUAAAUAAGCACAUACGGACAAUUCAUUGAUAAACUUAGAGUGAAUUUUGUGUGAAAUUGAGUUUAGUCCA